AUGGGCCUUUUUCCAUCAAAAGACGACCGCCGAUUGUUUGACGAAGACGGUCUUGAGAUUUGGAGCGAUGAAGCCAUUGCGAUCCGAGAUCAACUGAGAAAACGCCGGAUCAGAGCCGCAAUUCUGAGCGCAUUAUUGGCCAUCGGGCUUGGAGUGGUGGUAGCGCAGAGAAGGCGAAUCCUUGAUGCGAUUAGACGUUAA